AUAGAAAAUGUUUGUGUGCUUUGUUACCACCAAGAGCCAAAGCAAUACUGUGCAGUCCUGAAUGUCCCUUCCAGGAGCAAAGAACUGGUGACGGGGACAAUAAUCUCUGGAGCUGUGCAAGAGUCCACCUGCCCAGUGCUGGCUUUUAUCACAUGCUGGGACAAGGAUCACGUGGAGAGGCGGGGAGUCAGCCCUGCAGGGCCCAGGUGGCAUCGCCGUGUUGGUGGUGGGAUCUGGGGAGCUUCUGCCCCGAUGGCAUCCGUAACCCAGCAGCAGAUCCAGAAGUUCCACAAGGAUGGCUUCCUUGUCCUGGAGCAGUUUUUCAGUGCAGAGGAGUGUGACAGCAUGAGGAGCCAGAUCCAGAGAAUCAUCGCGGAGAUGGAAGUGCCGCCGCACUGCCGCACCGCCUUCUCCACCAAGCAGGAGGAGCAGGUCCAGGAGCAGGGUAGCUCGGAUUAUUUCCUAACCAGUGGAGACAAGAUUAGAUUCUUUUUUGAGAAAGGUGUUUUGGAUGAGAAAGGUAACUUUCUAAUUCCAAAGGAGAAGUCCAUCAGCAAGAUUGGCCAUGCUCUACACGCUUACGAUCCUGUCUUCAAGCAAAUCACCCACUCCCCCAAGGUGCAGGAACUGGGAAGAAAACUAGGCCUUGAGAGACCAGUAGUUGUGCAGAGCAUGUAUAUCUUCAAGCAACCUGGCAUUGGUGGUGAAGUGACACCACACCAGGAUGCCAGUUUCCUGCACACGGAGCCUCUGGGCAGGGUCCUGGGGUUCUGGAUUGCCCUGGAAGAUGCCACACAGGAGAAUGGCUGUUUGUGGUUCAUCCCUGGCUCUCACACCAAUGGGAUUACCAGGAGGAUGGUCCGUGCAGCUUCAGGUGCCUCAACAUGUAUAGAGUUUGUAGGCUCAGAGCCAGCCUACGACGACAAGCAGUUCAUACCUCUGCCCAUAAGUAAAGGUGGACUCAUCCUCAUCCAUGGCGAGGUUGUCCAUAAGAGUGAACUCAACAGCUCGGAGUCCUCUCGCCACGUGUUCACCUUCCACGUGAUGGAAGCCAAAGGCACCACCUGGAGCAAAGAGAACUGGCUCCAGCCAACUCCUGAACUGCCUUUUCCAUCGCUCUACACUUGAAGUUAGUGACUGGCUUGUGGAGUCAAUAGCUGAUAGCUGAUCAAUAUUCCUUUCUGAUUGUUCAUUCACAAUCUCUUUAAAAGCAACCCCCACUAGAUCAGCUCUCAAUGUUAAUUUAUCCUCCUCCUCAAAACCAGGACCAUUAUAACAGCCCAAAACCUGCAGCAGACAGAAGCUUCUACUGCAGCAGGAGCCCUGCCAGUAUGAGAGUAGUCACCCAGUCCUUUUGGUAAGGAAACACCUUCAGUCUUGAAAACAAACCAGUGAAGACCAUUGCACCUUGACUGGGACCACUUACCAAGUAUUUCUCCUUGUAGAUACUCAGUAUUUUCCGGUGUUUAAGAGCUUAAGUGCAUUUCUUGGCUGGUUGACUCCAGCAAUGCAGUGCACAUGUUGUGGGGAGAUGUUUGAUUUUCACCCCUAGUUUUCUGUCUUAUUGUUGGAAUAACAGUGAUAUAAAACAAUCUUGUUGUGGGUGAAAUGAAGCAAGAAGUCUGCUUUUUAUAGUCAAUCUUCUAAGUACUCCUGGCAGAGAGUAGCUGAGUGUUUUCUCUGAGUGUGAUUAAAAAUACAACAAUUUUUAAAGAUUAAUGUUGAAAUGUUGGAAACAAAGAACCUCAA